AUGGCCGAGGCAAAGAAGAACGGACCGUCGCCGCCACCUGUGCCCACAGCAGGCGCGACAAUGUCCCACCUAGAUACUACUACUAUUGAUAACAUGAUGACAACGCCCAUAGAAAACGCGGCCAACAACACCAUCAACAACACGACGAUCUCAGAAGCGAAGCAGUCGAAGGAUGUUGACUUCAAAGAGACGUUGGCGGCGAUAAGUGCUCGUGGUGACGAGCUGCUGAAGACAGCCAAGGCCAUUGCCGCUCGCAAAAAGCAAAAGGCCAUCGCUGCGAAGAAGGAGGCGAAGCAGUUGGAGGAUGUUCGCUUCAAGGAGACGAUGGAAGCGAUCUCUGCUCGUGGUGACGAGCUGCUGAAGACAGCCAAGGCCAUUGCCGCUCGCAAAAAGCAGAAGGCUGUCGCUGCGAAGAAACAGGAGCAGUUGAAGGAUGUUCGCUUAAGGAGACGAUGGAAGCGAUCUCUGCUCGUGGUGACGAGCUGCUGA